AUGCGGCCGAGGCACCGAGCAUAUCGCAGCGGCUCCAGCGGCGGCAGCAGCCUCGUAGUAGCCAGCAGCCUCGCCUAUGGCGUUGGCGGCCUCGCACUCGCAGCGGCGGGCGUGGGCGCCGUCCUGGCGUACACAGCAUUGGUAAACAAGCCACGCCGCAGGACCGGGCUUUCUCGGGAGCAAUGGGAGGCGGCCGUGACAGAGGACGGCGCCAUUGUUGGCUUUGAAGCCCUUGUGCACGAGAUUUCGCAGCGGGGGCUAGAGCCCGAGCUGCGGUCGGAAGUGUGGCCCUUCUUGCUGGGCCUGUUCACCCCCGAGUCCUCGUAUGAGGAGCGGCGGCGCCAGCACGCCCUGAUGGUGCAGCAGCACCAGCAGCUGCUGCUGCAGUGCCAGGCGCUCGAGGCCGCGCUGCGCGACUGCGUGCGCGCGCGCGACGCGGGCGACGCCGCGGCCGCGGCGCUCGACGGCGGCGCCCCACAGCAGCAGCAGCAAGCAGCCAACGGAUCGGCGAGCCCCCAGCAGCAGCAGCAGCAGCAGCAGCAGCAGCAGCAGCUGUCGCCGGAGAAGCCGAAUGGGGGAGGCGGCGGCGCGGGGGCGCCGCCCUUCGAGCUGCCGGCGCAGGUGGUGCAGUUUGCUGAGGCGCACCGCAUCAUCGUCAUUGACGCGGUGCGCACAGACUUCCGCAAGCACUCUGUUGCGGGCGUCUACAGCAGCGCUGCGGCCACCCACACCACGCACGCGGCGGCGGCGGCGGCCGCCCUGGCGGGCGUGGACGGCGGUGCGGGCGCAGCGCCCGAGGCAGGCGGCGGCACGCUGUUCGGCAGGGCGCCUGCGGUCGACCCGCUCGUUUUCAGCUGGGUCAGUGGCUGGCUUGGGAGCCACCCAGGCGGCGUGUGGGGCGCGGCCGCGCCGCGGCUGUGGGUCAGCGAGAUCGCGCAGACGGUGCUGGACAGCAGCGGCCACCUGGGCGAGGAGGGGCGGCGGCAGGCGGCGCGGCUGGUGGCGCUGCUGUCGGCGUACGCUGUGUUUGACCCUGACACGGGCUACUGCCAGGG